AUGGCGAUGAAUAUUCAAAACAGAGCGUAUUUUCAAAGAAAAUGGAAGCGGAUCGACGUAAUGAAAGCUUCUUCGGUCACGGUCGUACAUUUGUUGUGUCUCUUGGCACCGUUUCACUACAAUUGGGAAGCUCUCCGGUUGAGUAUCGUGCUCAACAUUGUGACUGGAUUCAGUAUCACAUUCUCCUACCACAGGAACUUGACGCACCAUAGCUUCAAAUUACCUAAAUGGCUUGAGUAUCUCUUUGCUUAUUCAGCUCUUUUGGCUCUCCAGGGUGAUCCGAUAGAUUGGGUGAGCAUACAUAGGUUUCACCACAAGUUCACAGAUUCGGACCGAGAUCCACAUAGCCCUAUCGAAGGAUUUUGGUUCAGCCAUAUCUUGUGGAUAUUCGACACCGAUUAUAUAAGAGCUAAGUGUGGAAGGCGUAACAACGUCAUGGACUUGAAACGACAAUGGUUCUAUAGGUUUCUACAAAAUACACAAGUUCUCCACAUUACAAUAUUUUUUACCAUCCUCUAUUGCUAUGGCGGUUUACCUUACCUCAUUUGGGUCGUGGGCUUUGGAGGCACAAUUAGGUACCAUGGGACUUUGCUCGUCAAUUCAGCAUGUCAUAUUUGGGGUUCUCAAGCGUGGAAAACCAAGGACACCUCUCGUAACGUUUGGUGGCUAAGCAUAUAUACGAUGGGAGAGAGUUGGCACAACAACCACCAUGCGUUUGAGUCGUCGGCUAGGCACGGUCUUGAAUGGUGGCAGAUCGAUCUCACUUGGUAUUUCAUUCGAUUCUUCGAGGCUCUCGGAUUAGCUACCGAAGUAAAAUUGCCUUCUCAAUCCAAUAAACAGAAGAUGACUUUUGCUCAUUGA